CAUGCUUGCCGUAUUCUCGUAUAUAUGACUCACUUGUCCCCUGAAUAACAAGCCAAGUACCAGAACUAUUAACCCUUAAUAUCUCCCAUCAGCCUUAAUCUAUCACCAAGACCUCAUAAUCUUAUCUGAUCCGUCCCACUUCCACAUCCAAACUUUGAUCCUCAGCCAUGGCACCCCCAACCCCACUCGACGCAUCCCCCCAUCUUCUCGAGUUCCUCAAGACUCUGCACUCUCAGUCCCUCACCCAAGAGGCAACCGUGGACUGGUACUCGCUACCCGAUCAACGCAGUGAUGCCUUUGAUGACCUCAUGCGUGACAAGUUCAUCGCCCUCGAUCAGGACAAGUGCGAGCUGGUCUACCAUAUUCUGCGGAGUAUCAAUGCGAAGACGGUCGUCGAGGCUGGGACAAGCUUCGGUGUGAGUACUAUUUACCUUGCUCUGGCGGUUGCGGAGAAUACGAAGCGAAAUGCUUCUGCGACGGCGAGAGGGAGGGUUAUUGCGACGGAAAAGGAACCGUCUAAGGCUAGCGAGGCACUGAAGAACUGGGAGCGUGCUGGGGUCGAGAUUGAGGGGAUUAUCGAUUUGCGUAUUGGCGAUUUGCGGGAGACUUUGACGAGGGACCUGGGUGUUGUGGAUUUCCUCUUGCUGGAUAUCUGGGCACCGCUCGCUCUUCCAGCGCUGAAGCUUGUACAGCCAUGUCUUCGUCCUGGAGCUGUUAUUAUGGCUGAUAAUACGGUCAAGGCUGCUGACAAGUAUGAAGAGUUGUUUGCGUAUGUGGAUGCUCCCGGUAGUCUCUUCCGUCGAGUGACCCUUCCCUAUGAAGGAGGCCUUGAUAUGAUUAUCUAUCAGUAGGAGGUAAUGGCAUCCUAUAAGUUUGUUAUCAAGUAAAUGAACUGGGCGUAAAACCAAGCGCAGACUUAACCGUGGUACUCGGUUAGAUUUCCAUGGAUCCAGCCCGAGGCCCAAUUUGAUACUCAUAUCAAUUAUAAGUCUAGUACACAGACCAUUCGAGGAAUAGUCGCUAAAAUUUGAGAAUUU